UUCAAUUGCAACAACAGUAAGAGCUCAAUUAGGUUGGAAACGAUGACUAAAGAUACCAAACACGAGGAAGAAGGCGAAAUCCUGGACGACGUCCUGAGUGAUGAGGAGGCUGUUGCUGAGGAGAAGAAGCCAGCGGAGAAAGAGCCUGAGGUUGACACUGGGGCUUCUUCCAAGGGUGAAGAUAAAGUUGAAGCUGUUGCUGUUGAAGCUGAGAAGAAGGACAAGGAGGAGGCUAAGAUUGAAACCGCAGCUGCAGCUACUAGCGAUACGAAGGAUGCGAAGGAUGCGAAGGAUGUAAAGGAAGUAAAGGAUGUGAACGAUGCGAAGAAGGAGGACAAGGAGGAAGUUCCACCACCAAAGCCUGCCAGACCUUUGACUCCACGCCAGGAGGCCAUCAAGUCCUUGAAGGAGGCAUUCCCAACAGUGGAGGAUAAGUACAUCACGUCUCACCUGAUUGCCUCCAACUUCCACCUGGAGAGUGCAUUCAACGCGCUCUUGUAUUUGUCUGAUCCUGAUAGCGUCAACGUUGAUGAGCUCUUGGCCACUACUGAAGAACUACAACCACCUUCAUUGCCACAACGUCGUCAGGAAUUGACCCAAUUAGAGCAGGACGAACUGCUGGCCAAGCAAUUGGAUGAAGAGUACAGACAUAAGGAGGAACGUCGUGCUCGCAGACAGAGGGAGUUCAGAAGAAGACGUCAAGAAGGCGAGACACUUGAUGACGAUGAUGAAGAUGACGUGUUUACAAACUUUGUGGAGAAGGAUUUGCCCCAGAUGAAAGAACAGCUCUCCAAGAACAUCGAAGAGACAAAGAAUAAGUUCAACAACUGGGUCAGUGGCUGGAAGAAACAGUACUCCGACUCUCAACAGGAGCUGAACAACAGACAGAUUAAGAAGCAAGUCAGAGAAGAGUUUGAACAGGAUCCUGAGGAGGUUGACUUACAGAAAUUCCAUGGUAUCAAGCUAAGCGAUGACUCUGAGCCAGUGACUAAGACCAAAUCAAUUAAAUCUACAUCAUCGAAGGGUUCCAAUGAAACCGUCGGAAGAAAUAGGGCCUUGUCGACUGAUCUUUAUGGAACUCCAAAGCACUCUCAAAAGGAUAAGAAAUCAUCAACAGUUAACGAAGAUGACGAUGACUUUGACCUGAGUGAUGCAGCUUAGCUGGCCUCGUAUGAAAUUGUUUGUAAAGUUGCUAAUCUGAACACAUCUUUUUUUUACGAUACCUUUCCGUACGGUCUAUCACUUAAUCAGCAUACAAUUUAGUGAGAUAAACAGAACCUGAUACUCUACUAAC